AAUCUUCUACUUCUACAUAGAUAUAUCUUCCUCAAGCCUUAUCCAUCAAUUUGAGUUCAGUUUCUGCGGCGAGUGACGAACGCUUCUACAAUGGCGACGCUCACGUUUUUCUCUUCCGCUAAAACCCUAACACUACCCUAUCAACCCAAAACGGCAAUCUCCAAUUUGAGUUCCUCUUCUUCUUCAUUUUUUUCCACUUCUGUUAAAUUCUCCUUAACCUCUUCUGCUCCAAUUCGAAGGCGCUUCAAUGUCAUUGCCAUGGCUCCCCCUAAACCCGGUGGGAAGGCGAAGAAAGUGGUUGGAGUUAUAAAGCUGGCUCUUGAAGCUGGGAAGGCUACACCCGCUCCUCCCGUUGGCCCUGCUCUUGGAUCCAAGGGUGUCAAUAUUAUGGCUUUCUGCAAGGAUUACAACGCUAGAACCGCUGAUAAACCCGGUUAUGUCAUUCCUGUGGAAAUCACAGUCUACGACGAUAAAAGCUUUACUUUUAUAUUGAAGACCCCACCUGCUUCGGUUCUACUUCUUAAAGCCGCUGGGGUGGAAAAGGGUUCAAAAGACCCCAAGACGGAAAAGGUAGGAAAGGUCACAAUUGAUCAAUUGCGUACAAUUGCUGCUGAAAAGCUGCCAGACUUGAAUUGCUCGACUAUAGAAUCAGCUAUGAGAAUUAUAGCUGGCACUGCGGCAAAUAUGGGGAUUGUGGUUGAUCCUCCAGUUCUUGAACCGAAACAGAAGGAAUUUGUGUAGUAAAGUUUCGGUUUGGCCAAGUGGUGAAUCUUCAGAAAUAGCAGUAGACUUUUCAACAGUCUAUGCCUUACUUGUGAAGAAUUUUCUCCUAAAAGUCAACUAUGAAUGUUUACCCCGUCAUUUCUUUAUGGUAUUUGAAUGAAUCAAUGUUUUUGUAUUUAUGUAGAAUACCUCUCUAAUAUCUGAUGCUAUUUUUGCCAUUUUUUCCUUAAAAUUUUGGGAAUUCUGUCGUUUCUGACCAGAUCAGUUUUGGAACGUGUUUCUUAUUCUUUUUGCUGUUGAA